AUGCUUGCGAACUACCUGCCCGACGAGAACGUAAGCAUCACUUUCCGUGAGAAGCUUGCUAAUGUCAGGACCCGAGCUACCCCGACCUCUUGGCGCGGUUACCAGCACAUCCCUGCAGUCGAUGAGGCACUGAAGCGGGCCGAUCAGAAGGCACAGGCCGAGGCGCUCGGCAAUGCUCUCCGCCGCGGCAAGGAGAGCCAGCAACGACGGUCGGUCGCACCCAGCCAGGCCGAAAAGAUAGUCGCACAGGCGAGGAAGACCAUGUUUUGGACCGGCGCAGUCGCUUUCUACGCGACUCAUGGCUUGCACCUCGUCAAUCAGUCCCUAAUCGGCUCUCUCACUGUCGGGCAGGCUCUCGUCGGUUUCCAGAUGGCUGCCUGUUUUGCCCUUGCGACAUGGGACCCACUUUGGUUCAACAGCUGGAGGGGUAUGCAGCCACCUCCGCGAGAGAAGAGACUUGCGAUAGACCUGUCGCGCAUCUUCCAAACGAUAGGGAGGUUGUAUGGCGCGCUGUGGCUUCUCGUAUGGACGCAAUCUGAGCACCCUCCAGACUGGCUCAUCUCGCCUGCAUGGAGUGCCGUGGUGGACGUGCUCGCGCUUAGCGUCUUCGUCUGGGUGACGUAUCAGUGCAUGCAUCAGCGGCCUGUGACGCUGAGACUUGUUCGCCCCGUCAGCGCACCCACCACACCCUCCUCAGCCGAUGCGGAUGCGCACGCCGACUCCCUGUCUGCAUUAUCGCUAUCAGGGACGUCGCAAGUGAACGGUCGACCGCCCCCGCCACCACAACCGAUCUUCGGGAAACAGUCACUGGGCCUGACCCCGCCGCCGCGAGACGAGUCUGAACCGAUGGAUUGGGAGCCGACUGCGGCGGACUCCUCGAAUGAGACAGGGAGCGACUGGGACAGGUUCGGCAUAGGAAGGCAGAACAUGUUCCCCAGAGCGUCGGCGUCGGAGGAGACUGGCCUCGAGCCCCUUCUUGCCACAUGGGGUCUUGGCCCCGACCCUUCGUCAAACACCAUGCCCGGGUCAAGGGUCAAUGGCAUUGUGGACGUGCAAAUGAUGCCAGCGGAGAGUAGCCUUACGUGGGUCAGGGCCCGGCUGGCCGCGGCUCAGCGUGCACUUGCGGUUGUGCGCGCCGGAAGCGCUCUGCUCUCGCCGACACCGGCCGUGCGGGUAGCCUACCUCGUCGUAGAGUCGCUCAUCAGUGCGACCCGAGCCUUGUUCUCCGACGAGCGCUGGACCGCCAUCGUUAACGGCGCCGACGCAGUUCUGCGUAUCUCGUCCGUACUCGCCAUCAGUCGCGGGGUGCGAGUACCUCUUGCUGUGGAGCCGUCGAUGUUGGCUGCCGUGGAGGGAGUAGCAUGGUCAUUGCUCACUCUCGUAGUCAGCACGAUGACCUCAGAAAGGGAAUAA